GGACGCCGCAUUCACAAACGCAAUAUUCCAUGGAGUAGAACAGCCGACUGCGGAUCGUCCAGACCUCGCGGAGCAUUUUUAUUUCUCAAAUAUCAUCAUAAUUUUAACAAAAACAAUAGACCAAAUACGUUUUUAAAACUAAAACCUAUAGCCACCAUAGAAGUCCACGCUAACUCAACUCAACCAUCACUCAGUUUUAAAAGCAAUAGAACGGAUGCAGUUAUAACCUCUGAUUUUUUUAUCAAUACUCAUUACAACAAAAGGAAUUAACAACAACAACAACUUCAACUACAACAACAACAACAUCAACAUCAACUCUAGACCUGAUCAAUUAAACCAACAACAACCGAAAACCAAGCACAUAAUAUAACCAUAUAGCCAUAUAAAUAUAAAACCAACUCAGUCAACCAAAAAUCAAUAAACGAGAACAGAACCCCAACCCGAACCAAAACGAGCCGUUUAAAAUCUAUCAAAAAUUUGAAUAUUCGGCAAUCGAAACCAAACGGAAUAAUUAAAAACAACAAAAGUUGCAAAAUUGAAAUCAAAAGUACAAAACAACAUAAUGAAGGAUGAAUAGAUUUAAAGAAAUUAAAAAAUAAAAAUAGAAAACGUGAAACCGAAUCUGGAAAAUCAUAAAUUUAACGCUUUUCCAGCCUCACCUUAUCAAGGAUAUAACAAGAUUUUUGAACAGGGAAUGGGAUGACAAGCAAUGAUAUUUAUCAGGCCUAGAGAAGAUAUAUAGAGAAUUCGACUUGACUUGUAGAUAAAUCUUUGAAGUUGUAUUAUAACCAGAUAUUAUAGAAGUAACUAAGUGUAGACAUUGGGCUCGAACACAUACCCAUACCCUGAACAUAUUAGACGGUGCACUAGCCACAGCAACAACAUACAUUCGUUGAAUGCUUGCUCAAGACACACUGACACCGGAACAGACAGUUUGGAAUAUCACUUACCAUAUAGCUAGCGUUUUUCACAGAAGCUAGACAUAGCCAACCUCCACACCCACACCCACAUAGGCAUACAUACAUACAUACAUACAUACAUACAUACAUACAUAUGCACGAUCACUUUGUGUAAAUAGACUUUGAAACAUAAAGAAAGCAUUAGUAGUAGAGUUUUUAUAGUAUAGUAUAGUAUAGUAUAGUAUAGUAUAGUAUAGUAUAGUAUAGUAUAGCAUCUGGAGAGAGAUUGAUACAGAAACUAAUACUAAAUAUGUGUAUUAUCGUAACGAAGUAGGAAUCAGUACUCACUAAUCGAUAGCAACUAAAACACAGACUAAAACACGCAGACUACUUUCUCCAUAUAACCGUUAAGUACAGCAUAGGUAUAAUAUUAGUAACUUUGAUAAAUCGAGGAAGACAUAAUUUACAUACGAGUAUAUCAAAUUAAUAUCCGGCUGAAUCAAAUUGUUGGCUUUGUUUUAGUUUUUAAAUAUUCAAAAUGAACUAGGGGGAGACAAGGGUAAGCUAGACAGGGCUUAGAAUUGUGUAUUAUAUUUAAUUAUAUUUUUUAUACCAACAUAUGCCUGAGGAGGGAAAAUAUAUAUUUAAACAUUUGGGUGAUAUUUUGGGCAUACAAAUAAACAAAGUUAUCGGGCAAGGCAACAAAUUGUGAUGUAAAAUUUACGAAAAAUCUUAAACUAAAACUAUCCAAGUCUAAACUAAAUUGGAGCGAGCAAUCAACGAGUUUGAACAAAAAACGGUCACUAGUAAACUACCAUUACGAAGUUACGAUAUCGCGAAACCGCAACGUGUGCCUUAUUCCGGCCUUAUGUUCAAAUAACUUUCAAUAAUGCAUAACUAAGUAAUGUAAUACACACACACACACACACACAUGGAAGAAAAAUAUAUUUAAGAAUCAAGUGAAAAUAGCUAUACCCAGAGAUAUUACUGGAGUAUCAUCAGAUGCCUGGAGCCAUUGGCAUAUUGAGGAGGAUCAGGGAUGCAUCAGGAAUGUGAGUGCACAGCAUACAGUGAUUUUAUUUGAAGUCCAGAUGCUGUGGGCAAGCGCCAAUCAAUCGCACUGGACUGGCCAGUUCUAAUCUUGGGGGUCCAAGUCCAAGGUCGGUCAUCAAUAGGAAAUUGAUAAAGAAAACAAAUAAAAAAAAAGGCUCCCGACCCGACAACCUUCAACCUGAUGUUCAAAAUGGACGCCGCAGACUUCUGGCAGCAGGCCCGUGCACCAUUCGGCCUGCACACGGCGCUUCAUCAACACACUCCUCCGAACCAACAGCAGCAACAGCAGCAACCGCAACAGCAGCAACAGCAACAGCAGCAGCAGCACCACCACCACCACCAGCAUCACAAUCACCAGCAUCAACAUCAUCCGACAAUCUCGCAGCAGCAGGAUCACCAGUUACCCCCCAAUGCCAAUUCAGAUGGCACGGCUACCAGCAACAGCAGCAAUAGCAACAACCUGUCACUAGGCACUAAAAUGGAGUCUAGCGGGCCUCAGCAACAUGGUCACCUCCUGCAGCACCAUCACCAUGUCGAGCAGCCCUACGGCCCCGAUUCCUUCAGGGGUCAGCUCUCGGCGCCAGCCCCGCAGCUAAGUAAUCAUCACCUGCUGUUCAAUGCCGCGGCUGCCGCCGCCGCCGCUGCCCACCUCAAGUCUACAGCUCUACAGAAUAACAUUUCGCCCCCGUCGGAUCAGUCCAACAUGCUCAGAAGCUAUGGCCAUAAUUCAUUAAAUCCCGCCAUCAAGCCAAAACAAGAGCUUGACCAACAGCCGCAGCGACGCGAUGAAAGCCGCCAACAGCAGACGGAGCAGGCAUACACUGGUGACUUCUACGAUGCGGGUGACGCCCCAGGGUCCGGCCCGGAUGCCGCUGCAAGUGUUACCUGCACUAGUAGCGUCGGCGCGGAUCAAUUGCAAUCCAAUCAGCAAACUCAACAACAGACUUCAGGAGGUCUUCAGCAACCACAGGCACAGCCCCACCGGCAGCUACAGAGUCCAGGGCCUCCUGGAACGGUAGUGCUAAACAAACCGUUAUCACAAGGUCAGCAGUCGCCUCAGCACUCAAUAACUCCAUCUGGUGGCAGCUCUACUCCCGAAAUUAAAUACAACAACGACAAGAUGGCCAACGAGAUUCAGCGCAUAUUUCCUUCAAGAAAACAAUAAUAGCGUGGCGUAGCGUUGUACAGGAACAGAGAAAGAGACGCAGAAUUAGGAGCUGACGUCGACGACAGCGACGACGGCGCGAUAGUAUAAGAAGAAGAACCUGGUACGGGCACAGUGUCCCGUUUGUGGAUGAUAAGCGCAGCGUCUCUGCACCGCCAAGGACUACCGACUACCGGCAGAAGUUCAAAGGACAUCGGACCGUAAGGUUGUGUGACUCCGCGCUUCUAACUUCAAUAAAUCCGUUCGCUAAAGUUGUCGUGGUCGCGAGAAACUGUAAAUUUGAUUGACAACAACGCUAGAAACUAAAAAAUAAAAAGGCCCCCGAAAAAUAAAAGGAAUAAAGUGGCGACGAGUACAGCAAAAGUUCAGACUGUAAUAGUCUUUCAGGGCAUUGAUUGUCUCUGCCUCCCCCCGCAUGCACAUCAUAUGCUGCAUACUCGUAUGAGUGAAAACGAAACGAAGCCCAUAAAUAAACUAGCGGCAAGGCAGAUUGUAGUGCUGUAUGGAUCCAAUCUUAUCCAGUCCAGUGCAGUCUACCAGAUCCAAUUGUGUGGAUAACGUUGAUAAUUUAACCAAAC